AAAAGUAUAUUUGUCGAAAUAUCACAGAAAAUGAACGAGCACGGUUACACUAGGACGUGGCAACAGUGCCAAAGAAAAAUUAAAAGUCUCAAGCUCAUUUACCGCAAAGCGAAGGACAACAACCACAGAAGCGGACGGGCCAGAGUAACAUGUCCAUUUUUUGAGGAAUUGGAUCGAGUGUUGGGAGACAAGCCGUCCUUCGUGCCCGGAGACGGCGACGUAUUGGAUACAGCAAGUUUGGUGGAUCAGGACAGCGUGAGUGGAGACAUGGAUGACAUUCAGGCAAAUGAAGAACCUACUACUUCAAACCCAAGGUCAGAUGAUGGUCAAGGUGAAGAGCAAGAUGUUUCUGCUCAUGCCCAGCGAGACAGGGCCGGUGCUGGGUCACGGAAAAAGAAGAAAACUAAGCUGGAAGCCACAGUUGAAAGCUUUGCGAAGGUCCUGUCUGAUAAUCUCUCCAAAGAAUGGCAGCUUGCCAUGCAAAUGCAAGCAGCCCAGAAUGAACAUGAGGCAAGAAUGUUUGGUAUGAUGGUUCAAGCAAUAACAAGUGCACAACAUGGGCCAGCCAUACCACUUCAAGGUCACAUGUACAUGCCAUUUCCCACACAACAGUCACAUUUGCACCCAAGCCAGGUGGCCAACACUUAUUCACCUGGCCCGCUGGGUCACAGUCCACAGCCCACCUACCUGCCGCACACUUCCUCAUCAGGCAGACACUAUUCCCUAGACGAAGACCAGGAAAACCAUACAUUCACUCAACUGUGA